AUGAAUUAAUUAACCAAGACCCAUGGCUCCCUUGAACAUGUUGCAUCUCUGGACACCAUCUUGGCAGCUAGGCCACUAUAUAAGCAUUGGUCACCCCCCAACAUUCUGAAGAAGAGAGGGAUCGAUGCUAGCUAUGACUAUGAGAUUAAGAGGCUAAUUAGAGUGAGAAAGUCAUUAGCAAACUUAAGCUAGAGAGAGAGAGGUUAAUUAAGAAGAUUAAUUACAAUGGGCAACAGCCUGAGAUGCUGCCUAGCUUGCGUCCUCCCCUGCGGCGCCCUCGACCUGAUCAGGAUCGUCCACCUCAACGGCCGCGUCGAGGAGUACGGGCGCCCGGUCGCCGCCGGCGAGAUCCUCGCCGCCAACCCCAACCACGUCCUCAGCAAGCCGUGCUGCUCCCAGGGCGGCGCCGUCGCCGUGCGCAGGACGAUCCUCAUCGUCUCGCCGGACUCCGAGCUGGAGCGCGGCGAGAUCUACUUCCUCAUCCCGGCCUCCUCCGUGCCGGACAAAAAGAAGAAGAGCGGCGGCGGCGCCGCCGCGGCGACGCCGGCGGCGAGCGGCCGCCACGGCAAGAGCAAGCAGGCGGCGCCGUCGUCGGAUCACGGGGGCAAUGGCCGUCGUCACGUGCGCGACGUGUCGUCGGAGAAGAGGUCGUCGUCGUUGCACCGGCGGCGCAUGAGCGCCGGCAGCCGGACGGCGGCGUGGAGGCCACACCUCGAGUGCAUCGUAGAGGACACUUGAGAGAGAGAGAGAGAGACGGAGAGAGCUUAGCACUAGUGCAUUAAUGAUUAAUCUUUUUUUUCUUUUCUUUUUUUUUUUUGUUUCUUUUGGUUUGUGGUAUUAAGGGGGGUUGAUGGUGUUUUGCAUGGGUGUCAUCUUCUCACUUGAGUGCAUGGUUAAUUUCCAUGUUUUUCUUUUCUAUUUUUUUUGUAAGUGUACAUCCAUGUAAUGUUUUACCCUUGCUAGUAUAUAUAUAUGAUGAACAUGUAGAGGAAGGGUUGUGAAUUCUUA